UUCCAUAACUACAGUUAAACGAUUGAGGAGCAGCGUUAGCACUGACUAGCUGUAAACUCCAGCCUUUUACUACUCAGAUAUGAAGCUCCCCAGAUAAAAAUAACGUGUAUUAAUCAUACUUAAACUCUAGCGAGGGUAGUUAACAGACUGUUAUAGGGUUUACUGUGCAGUAAACAUGGCUGAAAAACGAGUUGUUCCGAGCGGUAAGGUGUACAGACAGAUGUUUGAUGCCCAGGCUCAUUUAUCAUUGUCUCUUCAUGAAUCUCGGAGGAGGCGUGUUACUAAAGAAGGUUACUUUAGUGGAGAUGACCCUGUGAGCAGGGACACAGACAGUGGCCCACACCAGUCCACUGGGGCUAACCAGUGCUCGGAAGACAAAAGGAACCAGCAGUUUUCACGCAACAGGCCUUCAAGGACUGAGCAUCAGGUUGAGGCUGAAGAGGUUCAAGGACUGCCUGAUAAUGUUGUUUCAGCAAAGACAGGCUCUGACAUCAUUACACGUCUCGCAGAGAAAAAACAAAGGGAUCACUCAGAAGCCGUUGCUCAGCUCCAGAGAGACCUCUCUAUGAUCAGUGCGAGGUUUGAGCCAUUACUGAAACAGACCGGAGAAGGUCUCCUUCUCAGACUGUUGGAAUCUGAUGACGAGCUGGCAAAACUUAUGCAGAAAACAGAAAAUGUUGAUGACUUGGGGGCAUUUAGCUAUGAGGAUCUGCAAGACUUGUGGAACAUUGUUAGCUACACUUCUGCAACAAGGAGAAAAUGGAUAGAGGAGUUGGAUGAGACCUUCAUUAAAUAUGAGACUGAAAGAGCAUCUAUGAUUUCAGCAUUAUUAAAGAAAUAUGUAAGGGAACUGGAAAAAAUCGCUUACAUGAGGCCCUUUGAUGUCCACCGACUGAUAAAUAGUGAAGCCAUGAGGAUAAACCAGUCUUUAUUAGCAAAUAAACAAGCUAUAGCCAGACUGCACUUGAACCUGAUGGAGAAUGAUAUACUGAAAGAAAGUCAAUACCGGUUAAAGUGGGAGGAUAAGCUUCAGGACUGGAAAAGAAUGAAAGUUUUGACCACAGUCAGCAAGUUUAAAGACUUCAUACACAGCCCUCAAAUCCAAAGGCCACACAAUGUACAAGAAACUCUGUGCACCCUGUGGAAAAAACAAGAAAUGUACAAUGAGCAACGCAUCAAAAUUCUGGAGCAAAUCAGAACUAUGAUCCCUCCAAGAUGCUCAAAGUCAUUAGUUUCUGAGUGGUACUCUGCCUUAUCUUCAGUCAGUGAGCAGAUUGAUUGUAUGCACAUUAAGACUGUGGCAAAACUGCAUAAAUACUAUGAGACCACAUGGCAAGAGUGUUUGGAUGAAGUGGAACAAUUCAAGAAUGAAGUAUCUACCUAUGGAUUUACCUCAAAUGAGAUACAAGACAUUGUCAAUGCUGAGCUGCUACCUGAAACUAGCAAGUGCCAAAUGCAAACAGAGGAGCGCUUGGCAGCAAUGGAUAAAGCCUUUGAAGAUCUGGCCAAGACUGCAGCCCUCUUAAGUAAGUCAAUGUUCAAGUUUAUGAAUGGCACAGCUCGUCUCUGGGAGGUGCACACUGCAGGCCUGCAGAAGAGAGAGCAGCAGUUACAGGAUCAUCUUGAUGACCUUCGCAGCCGCUAUGAUCUGGAAAACCAGAAGAAAGAGGCCCAGCUACAUGUGUUGAUGGACAAACUCAGGCAGGAAAGCACAGAGGAGGCCCUAAAAACAACACUAGAGAAUGCUCUUGGUGUUUUGGAGGAAGUGAAGGAUGGGUAUAUGACUUUCAAUAAGGAUGGAGUCCAUACAGUGGAGAGCUACCCUGCAAUGGUCCUGGAAGAAUUACACACAUACAGCUCAUUAGUGAGCCAAUACUUUGAUGUCAAAGAAGUAUACAGCCAGGACAUUGAGGAGCUCCAAAAGCUGCAUCCUUCUCUUAAAUUUGUUUGCUCAGACGUCAGUUUGAAUGCCAGUAUAAAGCUGAAGAAAACAUUAGGAAGUCCUGGAAGGAAGCACUGCACAGAUGUGUCCCUAAAAGCUCAUUCUCGAGCUCAUUGCUCCCUUGAUUCAGUCCUCACUAAGGAACACUUUGAUACUGUCUCACAUGAGCUUAAAGACUCACAAGCCAUUGAAACUUUCAUAACUGCAAGCGGAAACACAUUCAGCGACCACAGCUUUGUAAUGUCGUGCGAUAGUGAAGUGGAUGUGAUCCUUGUGGAAGUGGAGCGAGUUUUGUUUCCAAAGGAUCUAGCGCUUGACUUACAAAAAAUUGUGAAAGAGGAAUUCCUUAAUCGCAUUAAGGAAAGAUAUCAGGAAGUACUGAAUAACACAGUGACCUUUGUUGAAGGCAAAAAGGAGGAGCUGAAGUCUGAGUUAGAGCUCCGCCUCCAUCUUCUCCAGUCUCAAGCCAAGAGGAUUGAAAUGGACAUUCAUAAUAUCCGAGCAGCUGAACUAAGCUUACAUCAGGAUUGUGUUGAUAGACACUGCAAGGGUAUUCUACAGGCCUUAGCUGAUUUACGAACUGACUUCACUGAGCUGCAGGUCAGACAGCAGGAAUUAACUGAAGGUUUUCACACUCAAAUCUACAACAUGGAGGAAACUUUUAAAACUGCAACAAAGUCUGAUAAACUGGUAAAACUCUGUGCUUCGCUACAAACCAGCUUAACCGAACAUACAAAUGUCAUUCAAGAACAACAGCGACACUUUCGACAAAACACAGAGGACAAGUUUGAGGGUCUCAGAGAGGCUAAUUCCCAAUUCAUGAAAUCUUUCAAGCUGUUUUCUGAAGGAGGAAAUUUCACCCCCAUAGAAAUUGAAAAAUACCAAAAACACCUCAAGAAGACAGCCAAGGACAUUGACUCCACUGAUGAGGCUUUGAUGCUUGAGAUGGAGAGCACUGAGUCCAAGUGGAUAGAACAGGCAAAACAUGUUAGCAGCAAGUUUGAAGAGAAGUUUCACGUUCUCACAGUGGAUCUGAUGUUUCUUGAGAAAAUCCAAAGAGUCCUGACUAACACACAGGUCAAGCUCAAAUCAGAGGUUGUAAAAAGCAAUAUGCAGAAGAAAAUGAUCAACACUAUGAUGAGUGAACUGGAAGAACUGAUUCAUGCUUGUUCUAAACCCACACCAGAUAAGAAGGUUGUGACAUCAGAAGACAUCAUCAGUAUGACAAAUUCGCUGAUAGAAGAACUAAAGAAGAGGUGUCAGUAUCUUGACUGCUUUUUGGACCCUUCCAUGGCUGUUCCAUUGCCUGAUGUCCCUCUGCAGGGGUCAUUUGCUGUGGCUACUCGUCCCCGCUCCCGUAAGCAUGAGAAUAUUACAGUUGCAGCUGGGAGUGACCUUCUCCAGCCCAGCAGCAGGGAUGUUGACUUCCUGAGCGAUACAGUUGUAGGGGUCAUCAAAGACCUGCUGAGGUUUAGCAAACCCAAAGCCGGUCAUGAGAUCGAAGCUGCUGAUAAAGUCAGGCAGUCAGCAGCAGGGACAGUCACUGCCAGACCAAGAUCUCCUGUGGGGCCAGGCCAAAGGUCAAGAGGAAGCCAGGGCAGGACAGGCCUGGAGACUGGCAGCUCUCAAAGUAUGAGAAGAUACUGCAAACCUAAUCGGCUUGAAAAAAGGUUCCAAGUGUUUGGCCCUAAACCAGAAGAUCAGCAGGGCAACCCCACAUUUAAGGGCCUCAUGUGCAACAUUCUGUGGAAGGCUAAUGAUGUUCUCCUCCAGGUGGCUGAGGAAUACUACAAGAGGAAAGAGCGCCGUCCCGUGAGCCGCCCUCAGCACAUUCAGGACUCUUUUGGGGAAUGUGCUGAAGAGCUAAAUAAGAGGCUUCUGGUCUACCAGAGUCAAUCUCAGGAUUACAGGAACCGCUGUGUGCAAGAAUUUCAGGAGCAGCUGAUUAAUAUAGAGGAGUGUAUGUGCAAGAUGCCAGAAGUGAUCCUUAAAAAACUGACGGACCAGCAUAUAGAGGAUCUGAGCAACAGUGUGGUGCUCAUUCAGCAGCAGUUUGAACAGUUUCAGCAACAAACGGAACAAAAGAAGAAAAAUCACAUCAGCAGACUGCGUGUGCGUUUGAGCCACUUGGACUACGAGGAGGAGCUGAACAGACUGAUCACAGAUGAGCAAGACAGACAAGAAGAGCAGAAGAAGGUCAUUCAGAACACCAGACUGGAACUCCAGGCCUGUAUUAGGAAGAGUGCAGAAGAGUUUGUGACUGCGCUCGCCACUUUGACAGAGAGCUUACUGUUUCAGCUGGAUAACAUUCUGACUACUGAAGAGAUCCAAGUGGAUGAGAAAAACAUGGAAAACAGCAGAACUCUUUUUCACCGUAAAAACACAGCUGCACUGCAGAGAGGGAGCAGGUCCUGGCAAGGAAUUAAUUACUUUGGGGGCACCGAUAACUCCUCUGCUAACCAACAACAGCGACAAACUGCCACCAUCACCACAGUUAAGACCACAAUGGUGCAUCUUAAAGCUAUAGAAGUUCGAAAUGCAUUGCAUCAGAGCUUUGAGCAGCAGGUGAUGGAGGAGCUGAAGAGAAUGGAGAAAUCCAGCCAGCAGCAGCUGGCUGAGCUGCGGAAUUGGCAGGAGCAUUGGAGACACCAGCUCAAGAUUCUGUCUACACUCAACUAACAGAGACUGGAAGACACAAGCUGUUCCGAAGCAUAGGCUGCAGAUUAUUCACUACAUCAGAAAAGGCUGUUCCAAACUGAAAGAUCCUUGAGUAUUGCAGGUGAUGUUCAAAAAAUAUUUUGGAGAAUGAAACUAAGGUAAUUCACUGCAUGCAUAAAAUGCUAAGGGUAAAAGGAAAACAGCACCACAAAAAUAAAGCAAAAAUGUUUGCGAGGAAAUGAAAAAGCACACAGAUUAGACGUGUGACCAGUAAGGCUACUAAGAACACGACCCAUCUUUUCUUCUUCAUUAAGCUGGUUUGAAUAAUUAUAUAUAUACAGAUUAAAGCAUCCGAGUAAGCAAUGUGUAAAAAUUUAAAAGGGAUUAAAUGAUAUAUUUAUUUGUUUAAAAAUGUAUUUACUUAAAUAAUCUACAUUGUGAAAAAUAUGAUAAAUAAACAGCACCAUUCUUUAA